AUGAAAGAACAGGAUGUUGAUACGAUUUAUCUGACACAAGAUACCAGAGAGUUGAAUUUGCAAGACUUCAGCCACCUUGAUCACAGAGACUUAAUACCUAUAGUUGCUGCUCUGGAGUAUAAUCAGUGGUUUACAAAGCUGUCCUCCAAGGAUCUGAAAUUAUCCACUGAUGUCUGUGAGCAGAUACUGCGAGUGGUGAGUAGGUCCAAUCGAUUGGAAGAGCUGGUAUUAGAGAAUGCCGGGCUUAGAACAGAUUUUGCACAGAAACUAGCCAGUGCCCUAGCCCAUAAUCCCAACUCAGGACUACAUACAAUCAACCUUGCUAGCAAUCCACUUGAAGAUAGAGGUGUGUCAUCUUUGAGCAUCCAGUUUGCCAAACUUCCAAAGGGACUGAAACAUUUAAAUUUAUCUAAAACUUCCUUGUCACCUAAAGGGGUGAAUAGCCUUUCCCAGUCACUGAGUGCCAACUCGCUGAUCGCAAACACACUUGUCUAUCUUGACCUCUCAGGGAACGCGCUCCGUGGUGAUGAUCUCUCAAGCCUGUACAAUUUUUUGGCCCAGCCAAAUGCUCUUGUUCAUUUGGAUUUAUCCAACACGGAGUGUGCACUAGAUAUGGUGUGUGGAGCUCUCCUUCGUGGAUGUCUUCAGCAUCUAGCUGUUCUUAGCCUCUCUAGGACUCUUUUUUCUCACAGAAAAGGAAAAGAAGUCCCUCCCUCCUUCAAACAAUUUUUCAGCAGCUCACUUGCUUUGAUGCAGAUUAAUCUUUCGGGAACUAAACUCCCUCCUGAGCCUCUAAAAGCGCUUUUAUUAGGCCUGGCUUGCAAUCACAAUCUGAAGGAGGUGUCUUUAGAUCUCAGUAGCUGUGAGUUAAGAUCGGGAGGUGCACAAGUCUUGGAAGGAUGCAUAGCAGAAAUACACAAUAUCACCAGCCUAGAUAUUUCAGACAAUGGCCUAGAAUCUGACCUCUCAACCCUUGUAGUCUGGCUUAGUAAAAACCGAUCGAUAAGACACUUGGCGUUAGGCAAAAACUUUAACAACAUGAAAUCCAAAAAUCUCACUCCAGUACUUGAUAAUUUAGUUCAGAUGAUUCAAGACGAGGAUUCACCUCUGCAGUCAUUGUCCCUCGCAGAUUCCAAGCUGAAGACUGAGGUCACCAUCAUUAUUAAUGCCUUGGGCAGCAAUACUUCUCUUACAAAAGUGGAUAUUAGUGGAAAUGCCAUGGGUGAUAUGGGAGCAAAGAUGCUGGCAAAAGCUCUACAGAUAAACACCAAGCUCAGAACUGUAAUAUGGGACAAGAAUAACAUCACUGCACAGGGCUUCCAGGACAUAGCUGUGGCACUCGAAAAGAAUUAUACUUUGAGAUUCAUGCCUAUACCGAUGAAUGAUGCUUCCCAAGCACUCAAAACAAAUCCCGAGAAAACAGAAGAGGCACUGCAAAAGAUAGAAAACUACUUGCUUCGUAAUCACGAGACCAGAAAGUACCUACAGGAGCAAGCAUACCGGCUGCAGCAAGGCAUUGUCACUAGUACCACUCAGCAGAUGAUUGACAGAAUAUGUGUAAAAGUGCAAGAUCAUCUCAACUCAUUAAGAAACUGUGGUGUGGAUGCUGUACAGGAAGAUGUCAAAUCUGCAGAACGGCUUAUGCGGGAUGCUAAGAACUCCAAAACACUAUUACCAAAUCUGUAUCACCUUGGUGGAGCUUCUUGGGCAGGAGCAAAUGGUUCACUCUCCAAUCCAAUCCAAGAGACACUUGAAUCCAUGGCUGGAGAAGUCACAAGGGUUGUGGAUGAGCAACUUAAGACACUCCUUGAGUCUAUGGUGGAUGCGGCAGAAAACCUUUGCCCAAAUGUAAUGAAGAAAGCUCGCAUCCGUGAAGACCUGAUUGAGGCUAGCACUGAGAAGAUUUCCAUUCCACGCACUUUUGUGAAAAAUGUCCUCUUGGAGCAAUCUGGAAUUGAUAUCCUCAAUAAAAUCAGUGAAGUAAAGCUGACAGUGGCUUCUUUCCUGUCUGACCGAGUUGUAGAUGAAAUCCUGGAUGCACUUUCCCAUUGCCAUCACAAACUGGCUGACCAUUUGACCAGACGCGGCAAACCACUUCCACAGCAGGAACCACUGGAAAUUGAGUUAGCAGAAGAAAAGCCAACUAAACGCUCUAUCAUCACAGUUGAGGAGUUGACAGAGAUAGAACGUUUGGAGGAUUUGGACACUUGUAUGAUGACUCCUAAAUCAAAAAGGAAAAGCAUCCACAGUAGAAUGCUCCGGCCGGUGUCCAGAGCUUUUGAAAUGGAAUUUGAUCUAGAUAAAGCACUGGAAGAAGUACCUAUCCAUAUAGAAGACCCACCAUUUCCUUCCAGCAGGCUGGACAAACGAACUUCUGGAUUCAUUUCAGAGCUGCCAUCAGAAGAAGGGAGAAAACUGGAACACUUUACAAAAUUAAGGCCCAAAAGGAAUAAAAAGCAGCAGCCCAGCCAAGCAGCAGUGUCUGCUGGAGUACCUCCAGAAGGGGAUCAGAAUGGCCUCAUGGGGAGAGUGGAUGAAGGCGUGGAUGAAUUUUUCACUAAGAAAGUGACAAAAAUGGAUUCAAAGAGACCGUCAACUAAAAGUUCAGACAGCAGUGAGCCCAGUGAAGCAGGUGAUGAGAAGAAGAAAAGGGACUCAAGGAAGAGUGGCUUCCUUAACUUAAUCAAAUCAAGAGGCUCCAAAUCUGAACGUCCCCAGACUGUGAUGGUGGCAGAGGAGCCCUCCUCGCCCAAGGUUGCUGCAAAAAGUCCAGCUGUGGAUGCAAGCAAGAAGGAGGUAAAGCCUGCAGAGCAGAACGGUGGUGCAGAGCGAUCGGAGGAAUUAAAGACACCAGACUCACUGGAGGAGGCACAGCCGGACGAUGCCACAAAAGCUGAAAGGGGUGACAGCAAAGGAAGCCCACAAGGAGGCCGGAGGUAUGGCGUGCAGGUGAUGGGCAGUGGACUUCUCGCAGAAAUGAAAGCCAAGCAGGAGAAGAGAGCAGCCUCUGCUCAGAAGAAACUUGGGAAUGACACAACUCCCAGAGAGUCUUUUGACAUGGCAAUGAGCUCAGAACGACUGGAUGGAAGCGGUACAGCGCCUAAGCUCCAGCAGACCCUUCCAGAGAGUCGGUUUGCCUUGAAUAAAGGUGAGUCCAUCUCAGCAGCUUCAGAAAAAAAUUCAAAAGCUGAACCAAAGGCAGAAGCUGGCACAAAGGCAAGAAGUUCUUCCAAUACACCGACCAGCCCAAAACCUCCACUGCAGUCAGCAAAGCCCAGCCUGACAGGACGACCCACGGUGCCACAGAAACCACGCUCUGCCUCUCGUACUGAGGAUGCUCCAGAGUCUCCCUCCGGCCCCAGUUCCCCAAAAGUUGCCCUGCUUCCACCUGUGCUGAAGAAAGUUCCUUCUGAUAAAGAAAAGGAUGGUCAGAGCAGCCCCACAGUCAGAUCAUUUUCUCAAGAAGCUGCGAAAAGAAGCCCUGGGCAGCAGUCUCAUGAGUUCCAGGAACUGAAGCAGAGGUCCUUAAAUAAAGAUUUUAUUUUUGUUUAGCAAUCAGUACAAGUGCUUCGUAGCGCAAGAGCUUUUUAUAACAAUCAGGGUACAGCAAUCAACAGCCCUCCUAGCCAGCUGCUCCUUCACCACAGGUACAUUUCCAUACAGAAAGCCUGAUCUUCCAAUCGUGACUUACAGUGCACUCACUUGGCAUUGAUUCGGUCCUUAAUUUCUGUUCUGCACAAUGCAGAUGUUCCUUUCCAUGCCUUUGCUAAAGCCAGCGAUUCUUUCAUGUAUUCUACUUGAAUUUCUCUGAAGCAGCUACAAAAUGUGCCCUGCAUUAGGGCAUUUAGAAAGCAAAGCAAAUUAACUGGACACUGUCUUACACUAAUACACUGUACAGCAGGUAAUGUGUUGUACUGCUGAAUGUAAAUGUGUCAAAUCUGCACGUGACUUACUUAUAAAUAUAUCCUUGCGGUAUGCAAUUGCACAUUGUAAUUAUAUUAAAAGAGCACACUAAUAAAAUAAUUUGUAUAGAUUAUAUAUAUUAAAUGCUUGGGUAUGGUUUUUACAUUCUCUCAUAGGGAGCCUCUUUCUUCCUGUUCUCGUACUGUACAUAAAGCUGCAACGCUUACAUUUGUGUACUGUCAGAAAGCACAACAGAGAAGGAUUUGGAUGACGUAUAAUCAUGGUAUGCUUCCACAUUCAUAUAUUAAUGUAUAUAGUUGAUUGGAAUGAGGGCAAUUGAAAUUUUAUUAAUUAUUGGUGUUUUCUAGAGGCCUUCCUCAGUUCUGUCUGCAUAUUAGCUUCCUUUCUAUGUGUAAUUCUACGAGAAAAAUAGUUUGACAUCUGUAAAAACAUUUCAGCUUUUGUGGGAGGGGGUGCAAAUUUCACAGCUACCCACUUACGUUACAGGUUGAAGGGAUUUUAUUCAUAUGUAUAUUUGUAACAAUAAAAAACGCUUUUACAACUGAA